AUGUCUGAUUUUCCUGCACCUGCAAUAUGGAUGCUCGGAGCUGGGAUUACUAUGACUAUAGGACCUCUCCUCCUCAGUUGUUGCUUCAGCAAGAAAGAUGAUGAAGGACCAGCACAUGCCGGACAAGUAGAAGCAGUCACUGUAGAGAGAUUUCUCAAUAAUAUGGCAGAGGAAAUACCCACCAGAUUUUCACCUUCACAGUUAUCUGAUUUUACUAAAAAUUACUCCACAAUAUUGGGUUCCGGUGGAUUCGGUGUAGUCUAUAGAGGACAACUUCCAAAUGGAGUUCCAAUAGCCAUUAAAGUCCUUAAUGGGAAUUUAGGCAAGCGAGCUGAGCAGCAGUUCAUGGCAGAAAUAAGCACAAUUGGAAGAACAUACCAUGUGAAUUUGGUCAGACUCUAUGGAUUUUGCUUCGAUCCCACGAAGCAAGCACUUGUGUAUGAGUACAUGGAGAAUGGAUCCCUUGACAGUUUCUUGUUUGGGGAGGAGAACAGGAGGAGAUCAAUGGAGUGGGAGAAGCUACAUAAGAUUGCAAUUGGGACAGCAAAAGGGAUUGCCUACUUGCAUGAGGAGUGUCAACACAGAAUAAUUCACUAUGAUAUAAAGCCAGGUAAUGUUCUUCUUGAUUCAAAACUAUGUCCUAAAGUUGCAGAUUUCGGAUUGGCUAAGCUUUGUAACAGGGAUAGUACUCAUGUAACCAUGACAUGUUAUAGAGGGACACCAGGGUAUGCUGCACCUGAGCUAUGGUUGCCAUUCCCAGUGACUCAUAAAUGUGAUGUUUAUAGUUUUGGUAUGCUUUUAUUUGAGAUUGUGGGUAGGAGAAGAAACUUCAAUGACGAGUCUCAGGAAUGGCUUCCAAGAUGGACUUGGGAAAAGUAUGAGAAAGGGGAGCUAAUGGAACUAAUGCAACUAUUUGGGAUUGAAGAAGAAGAAGACAAAAGAAAAGCAGAGAGAAUUUGUUUGGUAGCAUUGUGGUGUGUUCAGCACUCACCUGUGGACAGACCUCUUAUGAGCACUGUGGUUAAGAUGUUAGAGGGAGGGGUAGAAAUUGUUCCAAACCCUCCAAACCCAUUUCAGUAUUUGGUUUCUAUUCGUGUGGAUCCAGCCAUUUCAUCAACUAGAAGCAAUGGAGACUCGGAUUUUCCAUCAUCAAGUGAGCCAACAACAGAGAAACCUUCAAGUACAUCAGAUCAUACCCCAUUAAUUAAGAGGACGUUGGAGAUAGAGGACCUGGUUGAGUAG